GUUCAUCGCUAAUUGUAUAAUUUUAAACGAUAAUGACGUGACGUAACCCCACUUUUUCACCUGUCAUCAAGUGCAUAAAAUCGUAGUUUUCUAAGCAAUUAUCGCAAAAUGUGAACUUGUAAGACGUCAUUUAUCAUGAGCAAAGUGAUCCUCGGCGGGGGCUUGGGUGGCCUGUCUGCUGCCUACUACUUGAAGAAGUUUUCGCCUAACCAAGCUGUUACUUUAAUUGAGUCUUCGUCACGUACCGGGGGCUGGAUCAAGUCAAGUGUGCAAGAAAAUGGGGCUAUUUUUGAACAAGGGCCUCGUACCAUACGUCCCCGGGGGGAUGCAGGCGCUAAUACUUUACAACUGAUUGAAGAACUAAAUUUAAGCGAUCAAAUCGUCCCUAUAACUUCGGGACACCCUGCUGCUAAAAAUCGGCUCAUUUACGCCAACGGUUCUUUGCAUUUGUUGCCGUCGUCUUUGACUGGUUUGUUUAGGAAACAAGAGCCGUUUUCAAAGCCUUUGAUUCUUCACUUGUUGAAUGAUUUGAAAGCGAGGAGGAAGGAAGUGAAGGAUGAGUCAAUUUAUGAUUUUAUCGGUCGCAGAUUUGGUAGUGAAGUGGCUGAUUAUUUGAUCAGUCCGUUGAUUUGUGGCAUUUGUGCCGGAAACGCCAAGGAAAUUAGUGUGAAGUUUUUAAUGAAACAGUUGUUUGAAUACGAACAAAAACAUGGAAGUGUAUCAAAGGGGCUCCUUACAAGUUUGUUUGCAAAGUCAAAACGACCAACUGUUCUGUGUGAAACUGCCCUCAGAGCUAGAAGUGAGAAAUGGAAUAUUUAUUCCUUUAAAAAUGGGUGUGAAACGUUACCCAUAGCCUUAAGAAAUAAUAUUGUUUCAAAUGGGGUUAAUAUUAAAUUUAAUACCGAAUGUACGGAAAUUAUAACGGACAAGGGCCAAGUAAUACUAAAUUUAUUUAAUAACGAAACAAUUAAGUGUGAUCACUUAGUAGGUGCAAUACCUGCAAACGUUUUAGGACGUCUUUUACAAAAACAGCACCCGGAACUUGCCCAGUGUUUGAAAAAACUGACAAAAAACGUGUCAGUGGCUGUUGUUAAUUUACUUUUUAAGGAGAAUUUUAUUAAAAAUCCAGCCUUUGGUUUAUUGGUUGUUCCUAAAGAACAACUUCCUGUGCUAGGUGUUAUUUACGAUAGUUGUUGUUUCCCUGUCGAAAACUGUGGAACGGUUUUAACCGUAAUGAUGGGUGGUUACUGGUUUGAGGAACAUUUUGGCACAAAUCCGCAAGAAAAUGUGUUGCUGGAUGUUGCCGUAAAACACGUGAAACGUAUCUUAAAUUGUGAUCACGAUCCGUUUAAUUAUAAAGUGAAUAUUUUAAAGCAGUGUUUGCCUCAAUAUGUUGUGGGUCAUGACGAAAAUUUGGACCUGAUUAAUGGUUACAUAAGGACGCAUAAAUUACCAAUUUCUUUGUGCGGUGCCUCUUAUUACGGUGUGGGGAUUAAUGAUGUAAUUUUGUCGGCGAAAAAUGCCGUAAAGGAUUUGUAACAGAAACGCGAAUGUUUUUAUAAAUGAUUUAUUGUUGUCUUGUACAAAAGAAAUAAAUUGUUACAAUAA